AAUUUCCAACCCCUAUAUGUAGUGAUGGAGCUACCACCACAUCAACCAAACCCAACCCCACGGCCACCAAUAGCACCACCAUAUACGCAGCAAGAAACACCAUAUGCACCUUCUUUGUAUCCCCUAUUAGACAUACAAAAUUGUCUGCAACUGCAUUUUCAGAAAGUCUAUACUCUCUUGUCUGCCACUUGCCGGGCUCUAUCAUUCUUCCACCACUCUUCUUCCAUUUUGUCAAUCUUAUUUGUUGAGACAAGAUGAAGGAUUUUCCCUACACGUUUUUACCUCUCUCUUUCUAUAUCUUAUAUUUAGCAUUAGUUGCAUAAGCUUCCUGAUUAUCCCUUUAUCAUAGGCCACAUAAGGAAAAAGUUAGGAAGAAAAAACAAAAUAGAAAGUGGUGUAAAGCCGGUGUCAACAACCCGACUAUAAAUAUGGCCAAUUCCUGAGGAUUCAAUUCAACCUCAUGAACACUUAACUACCUCUACUGUAGCCUUGAGGAUUCAAAUUCAAGCACACAUGUCGGUUUCUUGUGUUAAAAACUUCUUCCAGAGGUUCUGGCAAGAUGAAUUUCAAACGGGAAAUAUUCCCCAUGGAAGCUUUUUGGCCAAUGAUGAUCUCCUUCCAUCUCUUGGAGCUAGGAUAAACCAGGAAACUAGACUUAGAAGAUACAUAAUCUCUCCUUUCCAUCCUCGCUAUAGGGCUUGGGAGUUGGUACUGGUUGUUCUAGUCAUAUACUCAGCUUGGAUUUGCCCAUUUGAGUUUGCAUUUCUUCCUUACAAGGAAAAUGCUCUAUUCAUCGCAGACAACAUUGUCAAUGGCUUCUUUGCCAUUGACAUAGUGUUGACAUUCUUUGUUGCAUACCUUGAUCGCCAUUCUUAUCUUCUUGUUGAUGAUCCAAAGAAGAUUGCGAUCAGGUACAUAUCUACCUGGUUUGCUUUUGAUGUCUGCUCAACAAUACCAUUUCAAUCCUUCAGCUUCCUCUUCAAUCAUAGCAGUGAACUUGGCUUCAAAGUUCUUAACAUGUUUCGGUUAUGGAGGUUGAGACGAGUCAGUUCUCUGUUUGCAAGACUUGAAAAGGACAUUCGCUUCAAUUAUUUUUGGACUAGGUGCACAAAGCUCAUUGCUGUGACCUUGUUUACGGUGCAUUGUGCGGGAUGCUUUAACUAUCUUAUUGCAGAUAGGUAUCCAGAUUCCAAAAGAACAUGGAUUGGUGCAGUGUACCCAAAUUUUAAAGAAGAAAGUCUUUGGGACAGAUAUGUCACUGCAAUAUACUGGUCCAUUGUCACUCUUACUACCACUGGCUAUGGGGAUUUACAUGCUGAGAACACGAGAGAGAUGCUGUUUGAUAUAGCUUACAUGCUCUUCAACUUGGGUUUAACAUCAUACAUCAUUGGAAACAUGACUAACCUUGUAGUCCACUGGACCAGCCGUACCAGAAAUUUUAGGGACACAGUGAAAGCAGCUUCUGAAUUUGCUUCAAGAAAUCAUUUGCCUCAUCGCAUUCAGGAUCAAAUGUUGUCACAUAUAUGUUUGAGGUUCAAAACAGAAGGACUGAAGCAGCAAGAAACAUUGAAUGAUCUUCCAAAGGCAAUUCGUUCAAGCAUUGCACACCAUCUGUUUUUCCCUGUCGUGCAAAAGGUCUACCUUUUCCAAGGAGUCUCACAUGAUUUCCUUUUCCAACUGGUUUCAGAUAUGGAAGCUGAGUAUUUCCCACCCAAGGAGGAUGUGAUACUGCAAAACGAGUCUUCCACAGAACUUUAUGUGCUGGUUUCUGGGGUAGUGGAUCUGGUUCGCUACAUCGAUGGGCAUGAUCAUGUUCAUGGGAAGGCAGCUGCAGUAGAUGCAUUUGGAGAGAUUGGAGUUUUAUAUCAUAUACCACAGCCUUUCACAGUUCGGACCACAGAACUUUCUCAGAUUUUAAGAAUCAACAAAACAUCCUUAAUGAAUGUCUUACACGCAAAUCCAGGAGAUGCACAAAUUAUAAUGGAUAACCUUUUAAUGAGAUUAAAGGGGCGUGAAGGUUUUGGCUUUGAAUAUCCAUGCACAGAUUCUGGACGGUUUCCACAUGAAGUGCUUCAAGGAGGUAACACGAGAGGAGGCCCUUCUCAUGAGUGUACAAAUAAUUCACUUGAGCAUUCAUUAAUGCAUGAAGGAGAGUGCAUAUAUAUAGGAAACUCGGAGACCAGUUUGCAUAAGGGGACCAAUGAUGAUCAUUUAGUCAGCAAACAUAACAUGAUCCCUGAGCAUGGUAGAAGAGAUAUUCAUGCCCCUGCAAAUAAAGGGAAUCUAGACAUUGUUGAAAUUCUGCUUGAAAGAGAUGCAUAUCCUAUCCCAAAUUCCUUAGGGAUGACACAAAAAGCUCAAGUAAAACGGCCAAAAAACAAGAGCAUUUGUGCCCAAAAAAUGAGUUGUGAAAAUGAGAAGUUAGAUGAAUUUAGAAUACAGAUAGCAGAGCCAAAAAUCCUUGACCUUGACAGGAAUGGCUCGACCAGAAACAGAAGACAAGAUGGUAUUAGAUCUAUCAAGUUCCCAUUAGAGAAAACAAACACAAACUCCAAUUCAAGAAAUUCUAACUGUCCAAGUGAUAGAGAAUCGGCAAGGCUCACCAAGAAGAGAGUAACAAUCCAUUUGCUACACAGCGGGAGUACCUCACGAGGUCAGCAUGGAAAAUUAAUAAUCCUGCCUGAUUCAUUAGAAGAGCUGCUCCAAAUUGCUGGUGACAAAUUUGGUGGCUUCAACCCUACAAAAGUAAUUAAUACAGAGAAUGCAGAGAUAGAUGACAUAAAUGUCAUCCGGGAUGGAGAUCACCUCUUUCUUCAGUGCAGCAAUAAUGAAGAUUUGAGUUCAUGAUGUUACGAAGAUAGAUCGCAUCUUUAGGAACGUAAUGACAACCGUGUAAUCAAGUCACAAAAAUGCUAAGCAUCCAAAAACAUAUUGGAAAAUCAUACAAUUCGAUUACAAAAGCUGCUCUUUGUCCAUGACUUGAAACAAAAUUUACAAUCCCAUUUAGAUAGGGCUGGUUAUAAAUCCAAGAAAAUGAGUCAUAAUCAAUUGACGGUCUCUAAAAUGUGUUUGCUGAUGUAUUGGAUGAUUCAAACAAUAUUUCAGUUAUUUAUUAUCACUGAGAACCCAGCUAAUCUUAUACAUAACCAGAAGUGCUCUUGGUCAGUGUAAGAGAUGCUAGACUGACUUCAAAGAAGCAUCUCACUUUGUGAGACCAGGGUGACAGAAUCCGUAUUUCUAAUAACUGUGUUGAAUGCCUUUGAUGAUUA